CAAACUCAAAUCCCAUCAAUCAUUUGAAUAAUUGAAUCCCCUUCCCUUCAGCGCUUCCUUCUUUUCCCCAAAAGAAGCAGAAAUUCAUCUCCAGACCCGAAGCAAAAAUUUGCAAUACCCUUUUUAUCUGGAGAGAUGCCUGAAGGAAAAAUAUCCGACAACCUGGUGCGCAGCAUGGUGAGUUCAAUUGUUGCUGAUGGCGCAUCAAAGCUAACAUCGGGAUCCUCCCCUGAAUUGGAAAAUUCAGUUAAAGGUAAACACAAUAAACUGUUUGGGCGUGAGAAUCCAGUGCAUCAUAUUCUCGGAGGAGGCAAAUCUGCUGAUGUAAUGCUGUGGAGAAACAAGACAAUCUCGGGCAGCGUUUUGGGUAGCGCUACCAUCAUAUGGCUUUUGUUCGAGUGGCUCAACUACCAUCUUCUUACUCUCGUUUGCUUUGCCAUUGUUAUGCUUAUGCUCGGGCAGUUUCUCUGGGUAAACGCUGCAGAAAAGUUCAGCAGCUCCCCAAUUAAACUCCCCCGUCUCGCCAUACCUGACCACGUAUUCGUCAACAUUGCCAAGUCUUUAGGCGGUGAGGUGAAUCGCGGUUUGGGCUUCCUUCAAGACAUUGCCUGUAGUGGGAAUAUGAAGCAAUUCCUACUUGUUGUAGGAAGCUUGUGGGCUACUGCUGUGGUCGGAAGCUGGUGCAACUUUAUCACGGUUAUAUACAUUGGUUUUGUUUGCGCCCACACGCUCCCGGUGCUUUAUGAAAGGUACGAUGAAGCAAUCGACUCCUUUAUGGAGCUCUUGUUUGAAAAGCUGUGGACCAAUUUCCGAACGCUAGAUAGGAAGCUUGCGAAUCACAGGUCCACAGGAAAGAAGGGUGAAUAGAUGCACUGUAAUAGAAGAAGGAGAAGAAGAAGAAGAAGAAGUUGAAGCUGCAAAUAUUAAGCAAAAGCAUAUGUAUAUAUAUAAUGUUGUUGAUGGGUCUCACAGCAUAUACAGUUUAUUUUUCCUAGGAUUACUUUCAUAUUAUAAAUCUAAUACCAUGUUCAUUGGCAAAUGUUGAAAUAUGACAUGGUAGUUGUAAAAAGUCUAUUUGUUAUAUGCACAAUGCAUUAAUAUAGCAUUGGAAUUAUCAUUAAUUGUGAUAUAAUGUAUAUAUAAAAAGUUGUGGAUUU